UUCAUUUUUAAUGGCGAUUCGGUAAGAAAUGAAACACGUUCGUUGUACGGAUGUAUUCCGUCUGAUAGCUAUCGUCUUUACCAUCCGUGGUAAAGACGUUUUGCUUAAAUGAGUUUACAUUAAACAAAAACCGUAUCUGUCACUUUGCAAAGAUCACUGGCGAUUCAUACGACGACCUUGAGAUGUUCAAGUUUAAGGUCUGAGUCUCUAGCCGCCAGAGGGCCGCUCGGCUCGAGUCAAAUGUAAACAUGGCUGGUGGCGGUGAAGAGAGAGACUUUCAAUCGCGAGCCUUUAAUCCUUCUGUCGUUCUUUCUACAAGUGAUGUCAGACUUCCUGCUGAAGAUGCUGAGGAGUUCGAAAACCUAAAUGCCCUCCGGACAGCUGUUCACGGCCAGACCUUCAACGUCACGAGAGAAAUUCCUGGGGUUCUGGGACCAGGUGGAAUACCCACCCGUCGAGUGGCACCUGUGCCGGCCAACAGGAAUUUCAGCGAAGACCAAGGUCUGAUAAGAGGCCGAGGCCGCAAGCGACUGCGAAAUGUUCUCAACCGGAUGGAGGAAAUCCAGGGGCCCUUGGCUGUCCUUCGUCGGUGCCAACAGGAGAAUAUCAGAGUCAAGGUCUACACCAGGAACCACAGUGAGAUAAGAGGAUUGGUGACGGGUUACGUGAUAGCCUUCGACAAACACUGGAAUUUGGCCCUAAGGGACGUCGACGAAGUGUUCCAGAAGAAAAUUCGUUGCAAAACGCCAGCACUCGGAGAUGUUUCUGACUUUGUGUGCAUCGGCGACCUGACGAUUCGAGGCAGGGAAAUCAGCAGCGCAUCAGAACCGGAAGAAUACGAAUCGGAGAUGGCUGGCGGGGGACCAUCGUGGUGGGACCCCAAAGAAAAGAAAGAAGGUGUUCCUUCCACUUCACAAGCCUCCUCCUCCUCCUCCUCCUCCUCUCGUGGUCACGGCCGCGGCACAGGCAUCGCAGCGCCAAGGGGACGGGCCCAUGCCACGGACGACAGACAAAGACAGGGCCAAGGGGCAAUAGCCAAGAAGAAACUUGAGCUUAAAGGCGCUUACAGCGUUGAAAGUCUGGACCAAAGGGCUCGAGCUUCGAGGCUGGUGUCCAGAGAGCAUCCCUCGACCAGCGAAGCCCGAGACGCUCACCGACUGGAUCUUUCCCAAAGGGAUCGUUUCGAGCAGAAACCACCCGAGGGAGGGGGAGAGGAAGGGGAAGGGGGAAAGAAGAAGAGAAUCAGGAAAAGGAAGAAGAGGGAAAUAAGGACCCGUCAUGUUAAUCAACUCUUCAUUAGAGGGGAGAACGUCGUUCUCAUUAAUGUUCUUGAAGAGUAAGAAGUGAAAUGCGAAGCGCAGUUUGUCAAUCCUCAAACACUUACUUGUAUCUUGCAUCGGCAGAGGGAAAUAUGGUGUGAUGUUAUUACAGACAGAUUUAAUUAUUACAGCUUGAAACGACCUAGCUGCUGUUUCAAGUGAAAACUAUUUUUCUAUUUUUGUCUACAAACCUCUCAUGACCAUUGUUAAUCUCCUCUGCAUACCUGUAAUCAAUAAAAUUUGGUCUUCAUUCAAAA